AGAAAGAGAUAAAAUUUCAGAUGAUGAAUUAACUUAUUUAAUAAGUUCUUUAAAACAGAUUCUUGAAAAUUGUGAAAAUGAAGAAUGUUCAACAUCAACAGAAUCUACUCGAGAUACAAAGAUAAUUGAUGUUCCGAAUUAUUUAAGUGCCUUUCUAUCAAGUAUACAACGCUGGUUAGAAAAAGCAUCAAGCGGUCCUGUCAUCAAAAGCAAUUUACCACCAUUUACUUUAACUGGUGAUUUCAAUGAUGCUAUAUUUCAAAUGCCUUCUACAAAUAAAGUUCCAUGGUGGGUAGUAAAUGCGAAUCUAGAUGAUUUCGAUCAUUCACCACUUGAACAUCAUUCAGAAUCAGCUAUUUGUUCAUGCUGUAGUUAUGAUGAUGCGCAUUAUCAUUAUCAGAAAAUUAUUAAUAAAGAUCUUCAAUUUCAAGAAUAUAAACAAGAACAUGUAACAGAGGUUGAGCAAGAUCAAACAAAUACAGAUACAAUAACUGUUAAUACUUCACAUCAUUCACGUUUCAAUACCACUAUUAAACGAGGUACUAAUGCUUGGGAUAUUAUUGAAGAUAGACAACUUAUACAAGAAUAUGAAAGAAGACUUGCUGGAGAAAAAUCAAAAGAAUCAGAUAGAUAUAACCAUGGUUGGAAUCGAAUUCUAGAGCGAACAUUGCCACUCAUAUCAGAUAUUAAAGAAGGUAAAAUUGAUAUGACAUCAAACGAUUUACAAGGAAAAAUAGGAACAAAUCUCAAAACAAAAAAAGAGAUAAAAGAACUUAAUGCAUUAGAUGAUCCAAAUAAUGAACUUUGGAAAAACAAAAAAUUUUCUCCAUGGCGAAGAAAAUUUAUUCAAACGAAAUUAUCAAAUACAAUUAAGUGGCAAGAAUUCUGUGCCGCACAAACAAAUAAAUAA